AAUGUCUGACGAUUACUUCUAUCAGCAGAUGAUGGCCUCGACACCGAUAUCCGCGCACUUGGUUCCCGACGGGGCUUUCGACGCCGGCGACGGCUUGCACCACGCCACUCGGCCCGGGAAUCAGACCACCCUGCUGAGUCCAGGCCACAAUCGCCCCAGCUCGCUCAACGAAUCGACCACUGCACCGCUGGUCCCUGGACUAGCGACGGCACAAUUGCACCCAGUCGCAGGUCACCAGGUUACAGUUCUGCAGCAUCAGCAACAGCCUCAACCUCUGCUCCAUCCUUCAGCCCUGAGUCUGGGGUUGGGUCUGGAUUUGGACUUGACACAUGCAGACGGCGGCCAGGGUCACCACCACCGACACCAAUUCGACCCAGUGGCUGCUUCUCUCGCUGGCCAGCAGCAACGACAGGCUCCGUCAUUGUUGCUCCAUCCGCAGCAGGGAUACCAGCAACCCCCCGAAAAUACAUGGCUUCCGCCCGGAUAUGGGAUCCCGGUGCACCAUGACAGCCAACAGCAGCAGCAACAACAACGACAACACCAUGCUGGCGAGACGCCCUGCUCCUCGUCAUCCUCCACCUCCCGAAAUGUCAGUAUUCCUGCAGCAGGCGGCCUGGGCACCGGCAACGACAGCAUCGGCGCCAGCGGUAACUUAUACGAUUUCGGCUUUGCUGCACCACCGAGUGAGCCGUCCUUCCUUGGCGGAGAAUAUGCCGACAUCACGCCACUUUCCAUAGAGGCAGCCGCAGCAGCAGCAGCAGCUCAUCCGCAACUACCGCCAACUUCCACGUUUGGUUUUCCCUCCUCGCCAUGGCGGCUUCGGCUACAGGACAGAAGCGCCGUCACCCUGACAUCCAGCAUUGCAGCCAUCGCCGCAGCCGAACUUAACCACGACGUCCGAAAGCACAGCAAGAGCAGCAUGAAGACGGACAGCGAUUUCAAGAACCCCUCGUGGGACGACGAGGAAAACGAAGUACCCGAUAGAAAGGUCGGCGGGGGUUCCGGGAAACGCAGGACAUCAUCGUCCGCGUCUCGCAGGCAGCAGAGGAAUGGCAAGCGGCCUGCCGUCGCCGGCGCCGGCGCUCGCGACAUUGACAACGACGACGACGGCGACGGCGACGAUUGCGAGGGCGACGAACCCACCAGCCCCGCGGGCCGGACCAGCAUCAGCGGCCGAUCGAUCAAGUCGGCAUCCGUCGCCUCAUCCGCCGGCUCGGGCAGCAAGACGGCGCCGGUGCCGCGAUUGCGCAGCGCCUCCCGCACGUCCAAGAACCAAUCGCAAAAGGCGACCGAGACGCCCGAGGAACGGCGGACGCGCGCGUCGCACAACCUGGUCGAGAAGCAAUACCGCAACCGCCUCAACGCCCAGUUCGAGGGCCUCCUCAACGCCCUGCCGGAACAGGCACGUAGUCCGGGCGACGCCGGGGACGGCAGCGAAUCGGACCCGCAGCAAGCAGACCAGGAACGGCGGGUCAGCAAGGCCGAGGUACUCGACAUGGCGCGCCGGCACAUCAAGAGCCUGGAGCGAGAGCGGGAGGUGCUGCACCGCGAACGCGGCGAGCUGCUGCGCAGUCUGGAGACGUUGGAGAGGGAGGCGGCGCUGAACCAAGGCGGCCGGUUGGAUGAAUUUCUCGACGUCCAAGGGACUGCUGCCGCCGACGAGGGAGGCGAGUCAUCAUGGAGGGGCAAUGCCUGACAAAAGUCUUGAUUGGCAUCCCCCCCCUCUCGCCAUCGGGAGUGUGUGAAGCUAUAUGCGCUGUACAUACUUAUGUCUGAGAAGGGGGGACGCGUGAGCCCAAAACUCGGAGGCAAGGGUGCCGGGGAGCGGGGGUGACAGGUCGUCGGAGCUUCGCCGAUCGUCCGAUGACACGCCGUUGGGGGGGAGGGGGGGGCAUGCCAGGCCAGACCAGGCCAGUCGUAUUGGCCCGACCGCUUCGUCUUGGCUCCCCGUCUCAGGUAUACACAGUGUACACCAAUUGCCGAUAUUGUUUUCUUCGUCGCUCUGUCUGUUUUGGUUUUGGUCUGGGUUGAUUUGGUGGUAUUUAUUUAUUUAUUACUCCCUCACCUCCCCGCUAACAGAGUAUUGGCGCGGAGGGGGGGUGUCGUUUCACCUUAGCAUGCAUGAUUGGACGUCUAUUAAGGCAUCUAUCUGACAAGGACGAGCGAAAAGAGACUGGCCCGUGGAUGGUUCAGUGUCAACGGAGACCGAGUGACAGGGAAGAGGAUAUCGUGAAGAAGGGGGUGAGGGGGGGGGGGGGGGGAUAAUGUAUGGAGUUAAGACUGGGUGACAAGGGACGGGAGGAGGGCCACAUGCCUAUUCGCACACAACGGGACUGUAAGUAGCGGCAGUUCGGGGUCGCGUUCUCUUGCAGAUAUAUCCAAAAAGGGGUGUGUGUGUGUGUGUGUGUGUGUCAAUGCAGCACAAACCCAUCACGACUUGCAGACGGGAUAGAUGCCCGGGGCUGCUGACUGCAGCGGCAUGCCAUUCAUUGCCGGCACAUACUUUUCUUACAUCGCCUUAAACCCCCCCCCCCCCCCCACCUUGUCAUGCGGGAGGGUCAUGUGGUCGACCAUAUAGGACCGCGUUGUAUAACAUGCCCGCGCCACUGAAAAAAAAAAAAAAAAACUCACUCCUACUCACUACAUGCAUGGCUUCCUUCCCAUCAUGAACUGCGUGUUGACGACCUCUUCAUCUCACGCGGGAGACAAGAACACCACUGUUAGAGUUAGCCACAUCCAUCCAGCCUGGGGAAUACACGCCGAGAUGGAGGACAGACACGAACACAGACAAAGUGACAGCGUCUCCGUUUGGGGUGGGUGGGGGAAAUAAUAGUAUUGAAAGUUCCGGAGCACGUUAAGAAAAGGUCAUUUUCUUCCCCUUUCCUUUCAUUUUCUUGCGUGCUUCCGAAACUGUGUUGAGCAUGGGAUAGAUACUAUAGUAUGCCACAUCUUUUCCCACAGCAUCCCCUCCCCCCUUUCUCGAUGCGUGUAUGCACCAUGAGAAGAAACAGAAGUGUAGAAAGAAAAAAGACCUUCUCCGUCCGUCAUCAUGCCUCCUUCGCAGUUGGCCCUGAUCGAUCUCGUUCCUCUUUUUUUCUCUUUCCCUUCCCGCCUACACGCCCUGAAGUCUUACAUAACUGCUUUCUUUUUUCUUUUUUUUUCUCUCUUUUCUAACCUCCCCCUUUUUCGUUUCCUGCUAUCUCUUCCUUCCCGUCUUCUGUCUCCCUUUGUCAUGAAUCCAUCAAAUCAUACCCGGCGGAGGCUCCGUCCCUUCCGAAGGAGGUGCCUCUCCCUUGCCGUUGUGAAACUUUUUGUACAAAAUAACAGUAAU